GUUAGGAGAGAAUUUCUAUUCGCAUUUACCGUGUGGCAGAAAGCUAGAUGACAGUCAGCGAAUGUUGAUGUUUCGGAUCGGUUUAAAUGGAAUGCGAAAUCCUGCAAGUUGUCGUAGCAUGUGCGCGUGUUUUGUUCCAUUCCUUGGAUAUCUUUAAUUUGUGCAUAUAAUAUAGGACUAUGCAUAGACCAGAGACGACAGCCCUCGAUCUUAGGGCUGAUGGUAUGGAAACUAAUAUCACAUUGUGGCAGUUUCUUCUUGAGUUACUCUUGAGCAACCAAUACACACAUAUUAUCACAUGGACGAACAACGAUGGCGAAUUCAAGUUGCUAAAUGCCGAGGAGGUGGCAAGGCUGUGGGGUUUACGUAAAAACAAACACAACAUGAAUUACGACAAGUUAUCUCGAGCUCUCCGCUAUUAUUAUGACAAAAACAUCAUACGCAAAGUAUUGGGACAAAAGUUUGUUUACAGAUUUGUGUCUUUUCCUGAAAUUGUAAAGACAGAAAACAAAAUUCCUUUUCACGUUAAAAUGGAAACUAUUAACAAAACACCAUUCAGCAGGCAAACAUCUCCACCGCCUCCCCAACAUGCCCACAAAAGUCCACCGUACGGUCUUCCCAAACCCGAACCGCUUUCACCGAAGAGGCACCACGAAUUGUACGACGGAAAUCGUGGUUUACCCAGCACACUCUGGUUGUUGUCCGAUCCCCGACAUUUACCGACCGAUUUGAGGAGAGAACCCAAAAGGUCAUUCAGCGACGAAGACGACGAUUUUCCGUCUCCUCUGGUGGAUCACGAUGAAGGAUCUUGCGAAGAAGGACCCAGAGACUUAUCGACAACUUCCAAACGCAUCAAGUCAGAGACUGAAACGAGUGAUUCGUGUCACUCUCCAUCUGGCUCGUCCUCUUGUAGCGGAAGUCCCGCUCCGUCUAUCGGUGGUGGCAGCACCGGUUCUGGCACUACCAUUGCAAUUCCCAGACCCAAACCAAAGCCUCCUCCAAUCGGGCCCAUUUCGUCGACCGUGGCUUCUUUAGGCUCCUUGCAGACGCCCAUUGUGACAUUUACGAGCCCUUUCCUCCCACAAAGCAAGACACCUCUUAUGACACUACCUUUUUGGAGUCCUUUUCCUUUACCCAGUCCUCGAGGAUACUCCGCUUCGGGAAAUGGCACUCACUUCCAAUUCCCAAGUUCUCACAUGGGACUCACUUCCUUUCCACCACUAAGUCCCUUUCUGGGACAUCCCUAUUCCCCAUUUGAUCCACAACUGCUGCUCUCACCCGCAAAGUCUAUCCCUGUGCUUCAGUGAAAAACAGUGCUUUGGAUGGCAGUUCUUUCAAAGACUAUUCACAAACUGUGCUAAACUUUUAUCUUCUACCUCCAGUGGCCCUUUUUCAGCACAGUAUUCUUUUGGAUAAUUACGCAAGAGUGACAGACAUCCACGAACAGUGCUAAUUUCUAUUUUUCUGCCUAGAGUGGCCUUUUUAGCUCAGUAAUUUUCGGAUAGCACAGUAGUGAUAUGAUGGCAAUAAAACAAUAUGCAGAUUCUUUUGACACUUCACGAUAAGUAACGUUCUAUUUUUUUUUUCAAUAAAUUCUUCAUGUGUUGGGGGUUUAUGCAAGUUCUGUGAUAUAUGGAAUAAGGACAAUCUAAAAAAGUUUUCUUUUAAAAAAAUAAUAAGUUCGAAGUGCAAAUGAACAGAAAUUUUAUAACACUAGUCGCCCAUUUAGUAUUGAACUGUGUAGAAAUAAAAAAAUUUUUAGACUGUGGGCCAAUUUUGCAAAAUGGGAUUGUAAAUUGUUCAUUCUAAUAAAAGCAAAAGACUUCGCUAAAUUGUGAAUACAACAGUAGCAUGCUGCUUUAGCCGCAACACUCUAUUUUUUGAGAUUGUUUUAUUAUUAAAGUGUUUAUUGUGACCUAUUUUUUGCAUCUGCUCUGCUCAAAUGAUCUAUUGCCUUUGAAAAUUCAGCCAAUUUUUAUCAAUAAUUGUGCCUUAUGUCAUCAUUAAGAUGCAUAUAUUUUAUAGAAAAUGUUUACAUUGUUACCCUUUCCUAAAAAAUAUUAUAUUUGAUGCAUUAUUAAUAAUGUAAAAAGAAAUAACUUUCAGGCAGUUGUAUAAUUAGAACCAUAUUACUGCCGCAACUCACGAGUAUAAGUUCUGUUGAUUCUCAAAUGAGGUAUUUAAUUCAAACUUUUAUUUUAUCUUAUUAUUUCAUUAUCAAUCAUUACUGAAUUCUUUUAAUGAUGUAGAAAUAAUAAGCAUGUUUUUCACUUUCAUACUUUUUAUGAAUAAGGCCAUGAUAUUCACAGACAUUUUAAAUUAAAAUUUUUACAAACUAAUUGUCAGUUAUAAAAUACAUUUUUUUUCCUUCAUUUAUUCAAUUUCAACAGUUUUAAAUGUAUACUACUCUUAAAUAUAAAGCAUAUAUAUUUUUCAUAUAAAAACCUAUUUAUAUAAUCAAAUUACAUCAGGCUAUUCAACAUAUUUAAUCCAUUAGUUAUUAUACAUAUAAAUUUUAAACUGAGGCUCAAAUCUUAAACCAACAUCAAAGUAGUUAAGUAAUAUUGAAUGAUGUAAUCAUCCAAUUACAAAAUACUAUGUUAUUCAACAAAUCUUAUGUAGAAUGUAAUUCUUUGAUUUUAGUUAUAUUUCCUGUUUGCACCAUAAACAUAUUUUUAAAGAAAAACAUGUAUGAAAAAAUACUAUACAAUGAUUAUACAUAGUUAAUGUUGUUAAAAGAAACAUUCCUAUUUGUGUUAUAUGCAAACAUAUUUUAUAGAAAGUAGUUUUUAUUGCUCAACAUAUUCAAAGUGCACUUAUCUUUGUAGUCUCAGGAAAGGCUGUUCCAUAUAAAAUAUAAUUUUCAAUUCAAUUCAAUUAUAUUUCAAGUCAAUUAUAAUUGCAACUUUCCCUGCUCUUUUAAAAGGGAAAAUAAAAUUCCCUGACAAUUCCAGGUUUUCCCAGACCCGUGGGAGUUUUGUAAGAAGUUUUUAUUUCAAAGAAUUCAUAUGUGCCUAGGAGAUAAGUCCUGAGAAUGGAUUGGGUGAAGUAGAACAUUUCUUUAAAUUCUGACUCUUAAAAAAUGAGAAUGAGAGAAUAAUUGUACUCCAAUAUAUUAGAUUUCAAUUUAAAAACUGCAAUAUUUAACUGAUUUUAAAGUACAAAGAAACUUAACAUUACAUAAAAAAAAUUCUGACUAAAGUUUCAAUAUAAUUUUUUUUAUGUUCAUUAUUUACUUAAAUCUAUAAUUAAAGAAUGUAUAAAUUAUUUUUUUAUUAAAUUAACAAUAAAACAAUCUUAAUAUUAAAAUUCUGGAGUUAGAAAAAAAAACUUAUUUUAAUUGACUUUCUAUUAGAGGUUUACUUCACUUUUAAGCUUUACUUAGGAAUUUAAACAAUGUGUAAUAUAAUACUAUCAGUGCUUUUUCUCAUAUUAUUCUUUAUCUCUCUUUAACUUUAUUUAGAUGCAGUAGUAAGUAAAUCCUUUAUUUCUCCUUACUGCAGAGUAAAGCUAACUCUCCUUUGUUUUAAUGUAGCAUAGCUCAAAGUUAAUUUUUUUAAAAUUUCCCCUUAAAGUAGUGCAUUGUUAAUAUCUUCUACAUGAAGCAAUAAGGAGGAUAAAAAAAAUCUAGUUAAAUAGGGAUAAUUUUUGGAACUUUCCUGAGAUUUUUGUUAAAAUGCACGAAAAUAAAAAAGAAAACUUUUUGAUUAAAUCAGGGGGUUGGUAUGUAUGAUUUUAUAUGGAACAACCUAUAACAGUUCAUUUUUAACUUUAGUUUCAUCCAUUGCAUUUUGUUAAAGGGAUUGAUUGUAACUAUCUGUGCAAUAAUUUUCAUUUUGUAGUGUUGUCUAUUUUGUUGUAGAAACCAUUUCAAGGAUACUGCUACUAUAUUACCCUCAUUCCUUGAGACUAUUAAAAAUAUUACCCAACAAUAAAUAAAUUUAACUGCAGGACAGGUUCUGCAUAGGAGUUAUCAACCCUGGUGGUUGUAGCUUUGUUUUCGCUUCACAAACCAUUUUGAAGAACCUAGUGGAAGAAUAUGUUUAGUGGCACUCAUGUUACGGUUGUUUGUAAGUGUGGAAUUUAUUCUGUUAAAUAAGCAGAGGUGUGAACCAUUAAUCUAUCCCGAAUUAUUACCAUUUAAAAUAUAAAUUAUGGUCAUAAUAAAAAUUAUGAUUUUAGAUAAUUUUCAUAAUAAUUAGUUAAAAAUAAGUUUUUUUAAACUAUCAAGAGUUAUAAAAUUGUGUGGUUUGCAGUAAAUAUUAAAAAAAAAAACCCUUAGGUGUUACAUUUUUUAUUAAAUGAAUCACGCAUAAACUAUCAACAGUUAUAAAAUUUUGUGGUUUGCAGCAAGUAUUUCAAAAAAUCAACUUAGGUGUUACUUUUUUUUAUUAAAUAAAUUCACACAUAGGCAUAUACCUUAAAGCAUUAAGUAGUAAAAACACCUUGAAAUUUGUACUAAUUCGAAUUUCGUUAAUGUUAUAUGUAUUAUUGUACUCCGAAUUACGGAUAGCUAGUUUAGCACCUCUAAAUAAUGCGAUGAAAAAGUUCAUUUUUAAGAUUCGUCUAAAAUAUUCUUCCAUUUAGCCGUAAUUAAUUGUAAUGGCUAACAGUGCUCAUUGUAUAUUUCAUUCAAAACAAUAUUUUUAAAAAUAUUAAAUAGUCAUGAAUAUGAGUUUGUAUUCCAAAAGGUCAUCCAAUUGAAAUUGAAACUAGGUAAGAAUGUACAAAUUGUAAUAUAAACUUAUUUUAAACGGUUUGCCAGUACUUCUGAAGACAAUCAGAAAAAUGUACAGUGUAUUUCAGUACUGGUAGAACUAAGUGUUUGUUAUAAUGAGGUGCAAUAGGAGCAGUAUUCUCUCUCAUAUCAAAAGGUUGUUGUGUACAGUCAAAUAUUACAGAUUCUAUUGCAUAUACUGGACCAAAAGCGGCCUUCUUGUAUUAUAAGUGUCUUUCCUCAUUAAAAAAUGCUGUUCAAUAAAAUGUAUAAUUAUAUAAAA